UUUAAUAUUAAAAUCCGAUUAAUUAGAGCUUUAAUAUUCCAAUUCAAAAUAUAGGAGUUUUAAUAUCCAAAUUGAAAUAUUUGACACUUUAUAUGAAAAUAUUGUGGAAUUUUGAUACUGAAAUUCAAAUAUUUAGAAUUUCAAUGUUUGAAUUUGAAUAGUUGAGGAGUUUUAAUACCGAAAUUAAUAUAUUAUGUGAUAAUAUGAUGAAAUUAUCAAUUUUAAUAUUCGAAUUCGUAUAUUUGGAUGUUAAACAAUCAGGUAGCUUUUAAACUUAUUAAAAGAUGUGAAAUAUUUUCAAAUGCAAUUAUUCAGGUAUUUUUAAUACUAUAAAUAGAAAUAUUAAAAAUGUUUUUAAGGGUUAACCAAGGUCCACAACAUUUGUCCGAUGCCCACAACCAAUAAGGUAUUGAUGAUCGUCCAAGGAGAUAGAUCGUUGAUAUCAUGCGAUUUGAAUCAUUUAAUAAAAGUGACCCAAUGUUUAACUGAAUCAUCGAAUCCAAAAUUGAAGUUCGAACAAGUGGAUGUUUCGAAUUGUAAAGAGUUUCACAUUUUACAAGUUUCUCCGUUUCCGAAACAACAGAAGGUUUGUGUAGCCACCACGCGACAACUCAUUAUACUCGAAUUCGAUUUCGAAACGUCGCUAUUUGUACCGGUGAAAAUUUUAGAAUCCCCCGCCGAACCUACGGGGUGCGCCCUAUUCACCGAACACAGUUUGAUCGUGGGAGCCGACAAAUUUUUCGAAAUCGAUCUCGCCACUUUCCAUGCCGAAGAGUUUUUGGACUUUCCGACGUCAAACUCAAAUCAGCCGAAAGAUUGCUACACAUAUAAACGAUAAGCCUUGCUGAUAAAUGUAUACUCACA